CCAGAGUGAAGUAUCAUCUUUUCUCCCCUGGGGAUUCAUAUAUACGGGACCAGAAAAGAUCGAGCACAAAUUUAACUACAGAAAUGAGAAAGAAAGAGGCGAUCUACACGAAUACAAAAUGUCUCACUCCUCCUAAGCAGCACUUGAAUCAAAGACCUGAAAAUGCAGAAAUCAAAGAUUCCCCUGCUCCAGCUCCUCCCUGGAAGAUCAUUGCAGUGAUUCUGGGGAUCUUCUGCCUGAUAUUGUUAGGAAUCUCAGUGGCCUUGGCUAUCAAGCAUCAUUCCUGUCCGGGAUGCCCUGACCAGUGGGUACGAUAUAGAGACAGCUGUUACUACUUCUCCAACAUGAAGAAAGAUUGGAAUUCUAGCAGGAAUUUCUGCUCUGCCCAAGACUCAGGGCUCUUGGUAAUCAGUGACACCAAGGAAAAGAACCUGUUCCUGGGGAUCCAUACAGAAGAACACUGGAUUGGAUUGACAAAUCUCAAUGGCUCUGGCUGGGCCUGGGAAGAUGGCUCAACAUUCAGCGAUAUAAAGGUCACCUCUAACAGCCCUGUGCAGCACUGUGGUGUCCUGGUGACGGGGGCCCUCCAUGCCUCCAGCUGUGCAGUUCCUUUCCCAUGCAUCUGUGAGAAAUCCUCCAAGUAACCUCCUGCUGCACUUUCCCACCGAAUAGUCUUCACUCAGACUCAGCCAAUGGACCUGAAUCAUGAACCCAUUAAAGAUGCUCCUUCCUUUGUUCAUGUGGGAUAGGUUUGAUACUGUUCCUAGAUGGUUAGCAGCAUGCACUGCCUUGUGGGAGACCAAGGUUUGAUUCCAGCUGUAGUGUAGGUAUACAAUUGUGUCUAAGCACCUAGUGAAUGCAGCAUCAGCUAAAAAAGCUAAAGUUCUUGUUAAUACACAUAUUGUUGAUGAUCUUUGUAUUUAUAUUUUCAGCACAGUGGCUCAGACUACCAGAAAUUAAAACUUGUUUAAAAAACUCUAUAAAGGAAAAUAAUGGGACAAUAUUACGUAUUUCUCCUUUAAAGAUGAUAUCUCACUGUUGAAUUUGGAGUGAAGUAAGCAGCAUGAGUAGGAUUAAACUGGAUUUUUUUUAUUCAUUCACAAAAUGUUACAGUUACACUGUGUCUUUUCCUCUUUCUUUAGCAGGCUUGCUCUAGUGUUCUCAAGUAAUUAUUACAUUUACUCACUCCUACUCUACUCAAUUAACGUUUAGAUACAAUACUUUUCCCAAAUGGAGGGAAAUACUCUGGCAUGAUUCAUAUUUCAAGCUAAAUAGAUUUAACAUUUACUCCCCUUUUUUCUAACAUUUACUCCCUUCAGCAAUUAUUACUUAUACUUAGAUAUCCCCUUUAAUUUUUUUUUUUAAAGAAGACUAAGAGGAGAUGUGAUGGAGAUCUGUAAAACCAAGAAUGGGACACGGGAAGCCCUUCAAAAACAUCUCUUAGCUUGCUCCUAUGAUGUAAUAGAACCAGAGGAUUCUCAAUUAAAUUAAAAAUAGUACAUUUUAUCCAUUUACAAUUUACAGUAUUUCAUUAACAAAAUGUAAAAUUAACCCGUGGAAUUCAAUGCUUCAGGAUAUUCCUGAGUAACACAUUGUGAAGCAAUAACCCCACUAGCUCAGUAAUAUUAGAACAAGGAUGAGACUAUUUUGGAUCUGAUUCUCUUCUCACAUUGGUUUUACUCUGGAGUAAUUCCACUGAAUUCAAAGGACUUAUUCCUGACUUGCACCAAAAUAAGGAGAGAAUCAGGUGUAACAGUUUAGAAGUGUGCUGAGGUAAUAUUAUGUGUAACUAAUACACUCCCUUUUUAUCUGCGCCUCAACCCAUCUGUCUGUUGAAGCAUAGGCCAGAGCUCAGUCUUUUCAGGACUUAGAAAAAAAGGAUUACACAGAUUUAAACCACUGAGAGAGAGUGCCAUAGAAUUUCUUAAGGAUGAACAUUUAAUAUCGAUACAAACAUCUGCAACCAGACUUUGGAAUACUUUUAAAACUUUGCUUUAUACAAAACUAGUAAGCAGUAACUCAGUUGGCGUUUUCCCACACAAACUCCUCACUUUGUUUCUGUUAUAUGAAUUAUAGUGCCAGCUGCACACCUUAGCAUGCACACACGCAUACACUCUGAUGAAUUCUCAGUCUCCGCAGUGUGCCAUCAAUAGUGCAUGUGUCACUUGAAUGCCACAGAACCAGAUGGCAAUGGAAGCUCCACAGUUUUCCAUGAAACUCCUCAUGGCCAACUCCACUUCUGGCAUCAACAGUUGGCAUCUCCUCAGCUUUGAGCAAGAUGGGGCAUCUGUAAUCUGGAUCCAAAGUGGCACAAGGCUCUGGGAUGUAGCUUUCUCA